AUGUCUGCUCACCACGUUACCCGCACCAAGAAUGCAACUCAGUAUCCUGGUCUUCCAGACGUGGUCCUGAAGAAUAAACAUCGUAAAACAGCAAAAGUAGCUGCUGAGCAUCAGUUCAAGUUAGACAUCAAAGAAGAGAAGGAAUCCAACAAGGACAUGUUUAUUGAUGCUACCCCAAGGGCUGCAGCCUUACCAAAGCCAAAACCCCAUCCAAGGCCCAUUCUGAAGAAGAUUCAUGUCAAACCCACCCCACUGCCUGUGGAAGACAACAUGUUCAUUUCUGAUGUCGAGAUGGACGACACCGUCGCUGACACCAGCACCUUCAAUCCAGAUCCAUCUCAAGCCUCAGAAACAACUGACUCCCAUGCAGAUGACUCAGAGCUGAAGUCGAGUGUCCAGGUUAUUGACACAACACCUCAGCCGGCUCGCGCCAAAAGAUCAGCCCUCCCAGCUGACAGCCUCAAUGACGAUGUCAUGGUCACCAACCUUCCAAUUUGGAAUGUGCCUAAGAAGGCUCCUAGUAGAAAAUCAGCCCCACCAGCUCAGGUUAAUCACUCAGAUGACAAACCUAUGGAUACUACUGAUCUCCCAGAUAAGCCUCAGUGGGCAAUGCUGGUCUUGAGCAAUGAGAACACACCUCAGGCACAGCCUCGUGAUAAUCAGACUGAAGAAAGUGCUAGCAGGAAGGAGAUGCCAAUGGGGAUGCCAAAUGAUAAGGGGAAGGGGAAGGACGAGCAACAAUGUGAUAAGAAACCGCUUCAGCUGAAAAGUGAUUCUACUAGUACUACCGAUAUAAAGGAAUUUUCAACUGGCAUCAAUGAUUGGGCCGCAAGCAUCCCAAAGAACACAAAGCCUGGUAGUAAGGCCAACACUAGCCGGCCCAGCAUUUUUAAAAAUAGCUCAACCUCGCACCACAGUGGAUCUGUUCUUCCCCCCCUGACCAAUGGCAGCACUCAAUCAUCAUCUAAUUCAGUCCUGACCAACAACAUUUUGAUUUCUCAUGCAGCGCCAGUGAUUCACAUCAACGAAGAACCCAAAAAGAAUCAUCGCCUUGAAAUCAUUGAUGGAGGACUCUCUGAUGAGGAUGAGACCCACGGUCUCGAACAUGAGGCUGUGAUCACUAGCCCUCCCAAAGGCUCCCCUGUCUAUCAAACUGAACCAGUGAAGAAACCCAGCAAUGACGACCUCCCCAAAGGCAUCAAUCAGACAAUCUGGCACCGUGUCUUUAUCCCAACAUACAUCCAAUAUGUCACAACAUUGGCCAAUCCCUGGAAGGUUCCCACCAAGCUGGUGUGUGAGAAGAUGCAGGUGAUUUGGGAUGUGGUCUUUCCCAACAUUACCCACACAGUGACAAGCCUUAGUUCAGUCUACUACAUUGCUGUCCAGCGAAUCACCGACUCCUACCACAGCCACAUUGGCUCAGCGGCUAUUGUGAUUGUCAUUGCGUACCUCAAAUCUCAGGACUCACUGAGGGACUCCAAUGACAAUCGUGCAGAAUUUGCGGAGUACGCACUCAGCAACCUUUGGUUCUUAUACAAGAAGGCGAAUGGCAAUGACAAGUCUAAAUUGUGGGGCCUUUAUCAAGGUGUAUUUAUUGUGCAAACCUUUGGUGCACACUUCACCACAACCCGUGGCACUCGGAAGAUACCUGGGGUAGACAAGCCAGGUGUACUGGCGAAUCCUGCUGAGGGUCUUGCAUUGUCGUGUGCCACGGUCAAACAAGCUUUGGCCCUCUGGUCUACUCGUACGCUCACCUUUAAAAUGGUUCAGGCUGUGAAGAACAAAACUAGCAUUUCAUUGCCGAAGACAAUGAAUCAGUCUACCGGCAAGGACAAGUUCGAAGUCAUCAUUGCAUCUGCCAUGGAAUUCUCAAAGAUGAGUUGUCGUCCUGGUGAUGACAUUGAUGAUGCUGCCAUGGAGGAUGACCUUUCUGGAUGA